AGGGCGAUGCUCGGCUGUUCACCAGACGUCUACGUUCGUCUGCUAGAACUGUCGUCUGUUUAUGGGAGCUAGUCAUAGGAUCAAGAACUUUACCCGAAUCUGCUAAAAAAGCGAAGUAACAUGGCGUUUUCCAAAGUUUCUCAUGUCAUAUUCGACAUGGAUGGCCUGCUGUUAGACACUGAAAAAAUUUACAAGAAAACCAUUGGAGAUGUGUUGGCUAAGUAUGGCAAAGACUACACUUGGGAACUUAGAGACAUGGUGAUGGGUACAGUCGAACAGGACACUGCAAAGAUCCUUGUGAAUGAAUUGAAUCUUCCCAUCACUGAUACGGAGUUUAGGGCAGAAUGCAAGGCAAGCCAAAAGGAUAGUCUCAGACAAGCAGAAUUUAUGCCAGGUGCUGUGAGGCUGGUUCGUCACUUGAGUAAACAUGGUAUACCUAUCGCUGUUGCUACCAGCAGUGGGUCUGAAAGUGUUCAAUGGAAAACGUCACAACCAGAAAACAAAGAAGUAUUUUCACUGUUCCAUCAUGUUGUGAUGGGAAGCUCAGAUGAGGAAGUGAAGAACGGAAAACCAGCUCCAGAUAUUUUCCUUGUAUGUGCUUCACGUUUCCCUGAUAAACCAGCACCAGAGAAGUGCCUUGUGCUAGAAGAUGCCCCGAAUGGAGUUCUUGGGGCUCGUUGUGCUGGUAUGCAAGUUGUGAUGGUGCCAGAUGAUCAUGUCCCUGAAGAGAAGAAGAAGGCGGCUACUCUUGUCGUAAAAUCAUUAUUGGAUUUUAAACCAGAGCUCUUUGGUCUCCCAGCGUUUGAAAACUAAAUUGGCAGCUUUUGACAUGGGUAGUUUGGCAAGAAACUUUGUACUUGUUUAAAUUUCACAUUUAGUUUUCUCUCCCCAAAAGGCGUCCAUGUCUUUGUUUCAAAGCACUAUCUUAUCUGUAAAUUUGAUCUUAUUUUUCUAUGGUUUUGUUUUUAGUAUUUUUUUGAAAUAGGAACUUUUAUUUAAGGUCUCUUAAAAAUUACAGGCUUUGUCUUGCCAACAAAGCGGUGUCUAUAUGUGUUAAUGGUCUUGUUCAGUUAUGAUGAUCUAGUGUCUAUUUUGGUUACUCCUAAAUUGCAGUUAAUUGAAAAAACCUGCUUAUCUUUAAGCUUGCACAACCUCAAUGCACAAACAGAAAAGGAAAAAAAAACCAUUCCACCUUUUGAAAAAAGAAAAAAAAACAAUUAGACUCCUGCCUAGGGUUAUAAGUUUUAAUGGCUUGCAGUUUUUGUUAAAUGUGAGAGGGACUAUACCCUUCUCCCUUUUCCCUUUGUGCUCAGAACAAAAUUGUAGGCCAUCCGUUAAUGAACGUAGAUGUCAUUACACAAUGGCAAAGAGAGCUGUACUUAAUAGUGCCAAUGGAUCUGAGGAUUGUAGUCCUGGACUCUACCAAGGAUCAGCUUGAAUUGUUCCUUGUCAUAGAGGAUUUUCUUAAAUAUUUUGCACUUAGAAACAGAAACAUUUCCCUCCUUUAAAAGUUCUUUCAAACAAAAUUUUUACUUUAAGGAAGUUAUGUCUGUUGUAUUCGAAUGAAUAUGGACAUAAUGUUGAAAUUUUUUUACAAUGUCGUGUAGAAUAUCUGGUCAUUGCGUGCCCUUUCAGUGGAGAUUAUUUUGUUUAUGAAGCACAGGGUCGUCUGUUAAGAAAUUUUCUGUUUAUUUGAUCUCUUAAGUUGUACAUUCUGAGCACAUGUGUUCUCAAUUGAGGUGCUUGAAAGAGAAAUAUAGGGUGUGAGGAACAAAUAUCAUUGCAUAUAAGUAUCUUUUCAUAUAUUGUGUGCAUAAUGUAUAUUGUUGAGGUGUGUAUGCACUGUACAUUGAAAGAAUCAUUAUUUUUUUAACAGACUGCAGAGAGAUUAAAGUUAAAGUUAUCCUCACCAAUUAUAAAUUUUACUUUUACUAUUUAUUUUGUUAUUUGCUUCUACCUUUGAUAAUUGUUAAGGGACUUUCCUGAGUCUUAUUUGUUUUUAAACCAAGACAUGAAUUGAAGCUUGGUGGGAUUAUGCAGCCUGCUGAGUUCAACAGUGUCAGAAGUUUUGUGAAGUUAGGCUAUAUCCUGCAACAGGCUGGUGGAAGCAACGUUCAUGUCUUCAGGUGCAGUCUCACCAGCGAUACCUCUAGUCUCCUCGUUACUAUCAUAUGAAGUGAAGAAGGGAAACAAAAGACUAAUAUUGUUUUAAGUUGUGUAUCUUAUUUCUGUCAUAGUACAUUUUACAUUUUAUGUGAAACUCAGUUUAAUAAUUCCACAUAGUAACUGUAUUUAUUUGAAAGGCAGGGAAUCUUUUAGUCCUUGUGUGCAAAUAGUGUCUUGAAAACAUUCCUCUAAAUCGUAGAUGGGAGUGUGAAUCUACAGGUAAUCACAAUGCUGUGAAGGAAACAAAAAGUCCUCCUCAAGCCAUGUAGAUUUUGGUGUUUUAUUUUCAAUAGAGUGCUGAUUUUUUUUUAAAGACAUUGUUUUUAUGUACAUUGUUGGCCAAUCAAGUUUUGGUUAAUUUUAUGUUGUUGUACCGGUUGUACCGGUAAAUAAAAGCUUACAAGACAGAAA